UAACACCUAUCACCACGCCAUGUCCGCAUUUUCCUCCUUCAUAAACUCAUUGUCUGUCUCUCAUCCUUUCACCUGGUGGUGCGUCACUCUCCAAUAGCCCAUUAUGAGCCCUGUCGGUCCGCUCUACUUGGCCAGAUCAUCCGAGUCCGGCCGCUCGAACCGUGUUUCCAAAAUGUUCCCACCAUCCUUCAUCACCUCGGAAUCAGGAUUUUCGUUUGAAACGUGUAGGCCAUACAUAGCUGAUAAUUCACCCCAAGUUAAUGCCUUAAACGGAACGAUAAAACAUUUUAAAAAAUGGCCCAAUUGAAUCAUGUGACCUUCGUGGCCAAUCACAGACGCCUAACAAAACAGGUGAUAUAAUUUACUGCCGCCGACCGAACGGCGUUUAGUUCAAACGUGGUUGUUUCCAAGUCGACUUUUUGUGUUCAGUUUUUUAGGAAAAGGCAGCAGCAUGGCCCCAGUAUUAGAAGGAAACCGUAAGAAGCAAGACCCCUAUGGUUGUGAGGACGAAGAAGGUAGCAGCAGCGACAACUCGGACGACGGCAACUUCGCACUCAGUGGUCAAAACAUUACAUUCCGGACGCCCAAGAGCAAUCGGCACCGCAGCAAGAGCAAUGUCUUAUCUCCCUUUCAGAGCAACAGUCCAAUUCCUUAUGCAUCCUGGAAUAAACUGAGGCUCUGUGACUCUCCCAGUACACCAAAGAGUCUCCUCUCCAAAUCCUCUCAGCCCUUCUCCAGCACAAAAACACACCGUGAAAAGAGGACACUGCAGUUCAGUUCGUCAUCUGUGAGUCUGAUCCAAGCACCUUCAGUCAACGUGAACCCAUUCACCCCUGAGACGGUGCACAGGAGCAGCUGGAAGAGUGAUGACGACCAUGAUUAUGGACGCAGGAUGAAGCACAGCCUCACGUCAUCAGAGGAGGAUGAUGAAGCUUUCCUCCCUCCAAAGAGACAAGCUGUCCAAGCCUUGAUGUUGUCACGAUACGAGAGUGAAUUCCUGGAGCUGGAGUGCAUCGGCGUGGGCGAGUUUGGGUCGGUGUACAAGUGCGUUAAGAGGCUGGAUGGUUGCUUGUACGCCAUUAAACGAUCGCGGCGGCCCCUGGCAGGCUCAGCUGAUGAGCAGCUGGCCUUGAAGGAAGUGUAUGCGCAUGCUGUCCUCGGCCAGCAUCGCCAUGUGGUUCGCUAUUACUCAGCGUGGGCCGAAGACGACCACAUGAUCAUUCAGAACGAAUACUGCAAUGGUGGAAGCCUCAAUGAUGCAAUCAUGAAGAAGGAGAGGGAGGGUGCGCUGUUUUCCGAAACGGAGCUGAAGAAUUUACUGCUCCAAGUGUCUCUUGGACUCAAAUACAUCCACAGCCUGGGUCUUGUUCACCUGGACAUCAAACCAAGUAAUAUAUUUAUUUGCCAGCGGCCCAGCACUAGUGCUGCAGGUGAAGGGGAGAGUGAGGAGGAGGAGGAAGAUGGAAGUGGAGCAGCUGGAGUUGUGUUUAAAAUUGGGGAUUUGGGUCAUGUGACCUCAACAAACAGUCCCCAUGUUGAGGAAGGGGACAGCCGCUUCCUGGCCAGUGAGGUUCUCCGUGAGGAUUACACUCAUCUCUCCAUGGCAGACAUCUUCUCCCUGAGUCUCACAGUUCUGCUGGCCGCUGGUGCUCCCCCGCUUCCCCAGAACGGAGAAGAAUGGCACCGGCUCAGAGAUGGGAACAUGCCCAGCCUACCUCAGGAGCUGUCCGCGCCUUUUGCAGAGCUUCUUCAGGCGAUGAUGGAUCCAGACGCGAGCAAACGUCCAUCGGCCAGGGAGCUCUGCAAACACACAGUGCUGAGGGAGGAGAGGACUGGACGACUGGCUGCUCAGCUGAAGAAGGAGCUGGACAUAGAGAAGUUCAGGACAGCCAUGUUGGAAAAGGAGCUUCAAGAGGCUCGCCAGGCUGCGCUGUCACCCAGACAGGCCCUUCUACAUGUGACGACCGACUCUGCCAAAGUUGCAGCUCCUAAAUCGGGCAGGAGGCUUGUGGGUCGGAGAACUGCGAGAUCCAUGAGUUUUGGCUGCCCUGGUUAUGGAAUCUGAUUUUCUUUCUUCAAAUGGAAAUGCUACAUGUGUCAAGCAGUCUAUUUGC